AUGAUGCAAUUUCAUUGGCUUCUAAUCUAUUCCAACAUAAUCAUAACCUUACUACUUAUAACAUAUAUAAGUAGUGAUGAAAUCCCAACUGUGAUUUAUAAUCUUGCGGAUGAAACACCAACUGGUUCAUUAAUUGGUAAUAUAGCCGAAAAUUUAUCACCAGAUUAUGCUAAAAAAUCCACAUUCUUAUUUAUUUCUUCUAUAAAAUUACAACAUUUAAGUGAUUUCUUUAAAUUAACCCCAAAUGGUGAUCUAAUCACAUUACGUCAUAUUGAUCGUGAUGAUACUAAUGAUAUAUGUGGUCCAUUAGAUUGUUGCUCAUCUGUCGUGUGUCAAAUUGAAGCAAAUAUUAUUCUUACUAAACAAUGGGAUACACAUUGGAAAUCGAAUUCUUAUUCAACCAAAAGUGUAUUCAUGAAACAAGAUCCUCCUAUGACUCAUAACUACGACAAUAAGAAGGUGCUCACACAGCAUUCAAUGCAACUGAAUGAAUCCAAUCAACAGACGACUGUACGUUUAUACAUUCGAAUUAACGAUGCUAAUGAUAAUCCACCACGAUUUAUGUCAACCAGUAUGAUUAAAUAUAAUCCGUCAAAUAUAGCGCAUCAAUUAGUCAAUCGACCAUUUGUGAUAUACAUUCGUGAAGGUGAUACAACUGGGUAUGAAGGUUUACCUAUCGCAUCAGAUGCUGAUUCUGAAGUGAAUGGUAUAGUUAUGUAUAAACUAAUAGAACAGACAAAUAAAGAGCCACGAUUAAAUAUUAGUAUUAUUUAUGGUAGUGGCAACUCAAUGCAUCCGCAUAAUUUAAAUCCAAAAUUAAUACUACUUAGAUCAUUAGAUUAUGAAAAUGUAGAUGAUCGUGAAAUUUAUGCUACGCUGUAUGCAAUCGAUGGAGGUGAUCCAUCAUUGACUGGUUCAUUGUCAAUUGUUGUACGAUUAUUAGAUAUUAAUGAUAAUUCACCUGUGAUUAAAUAUUACACUGAUGCAGAACGUUUGAUUGUAUUACCAGAGAAUACAACAAUGAAUGAUAAACCAUUUUUUAUUGUAAAUGCAACUGAUGUUGAUUCUGGUGAUAAUGGUCGAUUAACAUAUUCAUUUAGUCCAUUAGUGAAUAGUUUAGUUCAAACAAAAUUUACAAUUGAUUCAAGAAAUGGUGCAAUUACAAUACGUGAACCUUUGGAUUAUGAAAUUUAUUCAGAACGUCAAUUUCUAUUACCAAUUAUAGUGAAAGAUGCUGGACAUCCACAGUUAUCAAGUAGUUUAUCAAUUUAUGUACAAAUUAAAGAUAUGAAUGAUAAUAUACCGAUGUUAGUUGUACAAGAGAAUAUUACAAUACCUGAAGGACAAGUAUUCACAAAACCAAUUAUUCGUUUUUAUAUUCGAGAUGAAGAUGAAGUAUCACAUGGAAAUGUUAUUUGUAAACCUGCCCAAUUGGGAGCCAGUCAUUUACAAGAUAAAGAACUUAAAGCUGGUCAAGAUUAUUUAAGAUUGCAUGCAGUUUCGGACACAGUAUUUUUUGUAUUUACAAAAGGUGUACUUGAUUAUGAAAAGAUACCACGAGCUGCCUUAUUAAUUGAAUGCUUAGAUUUAGCUGGUGUUGAACAAGUAGAGAAGGAAAAUUUCACACAAAAAUCACAAGAGCAACCAACACCACCACCAGUGAAACCGCAUCUAAUUCGUAUUACAGCGGCAGUACGUGAUCAAAAUGAUAAUAUGCCAUUAUUUACACAAACUAAAUAUUAUGUAAAAAUACCUGAACAUUUUCCUGAAGGAUCAUUAGUCACUGAAAUUAAAGCACAUGAUUUAGACAGUGGUGAAUAUGGACAAUUAACUUAUCAAUUAGGUCCAAUCACUACAGAAUCUGGUGUUUUAAUUGAUACAUUCAAUGUUGAAGGAGAUCAACAUACGCAACAACACCGACAACAACAGCAACAACCAUUUCAAGUUGAUCAAUCAACUGGUGUUAUUCGUGUAUUACAUAGUCAUUUAUUAGAUCGUGAACAAACCGAGUUUCUAUAUUUAUCAAUUAUAGCUACAGAUAAAGGCGGUUUAACUUCCACGGCACAAUUAAUCAUUGAAUUAAUUGAUAUCAAUGAUAAUUUACCAAAAUUAAUUAGUUCCACAGAAUUGAAAUUUGAAGAAAAUCAAAAGAUCAAUACUUUCAUUGAUUUCAUUCAUUUAAUUGAUUUAGAUAAAGGCAGAAAUUCACGUAUCCACUUAAAAUUGAUCAAUGAUCAACAUCCAAAACUCAAUGAAAUGACAAACUAUGUAAAAAUUCUACCAGAUUUAAAUUUUAAUUAUUCUCAAUCAACACUAGAUGAACUAAUCAAUGAUGGUGAAUUGAAAGCAUUACUUGUUAGUCAAUCACUUAUUGAUCGUGAGACAACAGCGACUAUUUUCUGUGAAAUUAUUACUUAUGAUGAAAGUGUACAACAAUUAGUGCAUAGUGUAACACAUACAAUUAGUAUUCGUAUAUUAGAUCAAAAUGAUAAUAUACCAAUGUGUACAUAUCCUAUUUAUGAUAGUAUAAUCGGUUAUCAUCCAGUGAUUCAUACAAAUACACCAGUGCAUAGUUUAGUAACACAAAUCCGAGGUUAUGAUCCAGAUCAAGGUUUAAAUGGUACAAUAUUGUAUAAAUUAAAUAAAUCUACUAAUGGAAGUGUUUAUUUCUAUUUAAAUGAAUCAACAGGUGAAUUAUUUACCAAUUGGUAUUCAAAUUCACAUUUCCCGCCAGAUUAUAAUAACAUUCAAACAAAUAUUACAAAUAUUGAACCGAAUGAAGGUAUUUAUCAUUUAAAAAUAUUACUUCAAGAUAUGGGUACACCACCAUUAUCAAAAGAAACACAAUUUUACAUAAAAAUCAAUGCACCUAAUCCAAAUUUCAAUGAAUGGCGAUCGAAUAAUUUGAGGAUGACUCAUCAUCAUCAAACGAAUCAAUCGAUUAGUUCAAAUUUAAAAAUUCCAUUCUGGUUGAAUAAUAAUCAUAAUCGUUUUGUAUUGAUUUCAUUGAUCAUAUUCACUAUGUUUUUAAUUCUGAUCAUCGCUGGUACAUUAAUUUGGAUUCGUACACAUUGUAAACAGAAAUCAAGCCGGUCUGUGAAAACAAUGAUUAUAUCAUCAAAUGAAACUGAAUGUAAUCCAAUUAUUAUAUCGACUACAAGUUCAAUUAAAAAUGGUGGAUUUCAUAAAAAUAUGGAAACUUUGCCAAUUAUAAAUUAUGAUGGUAUAUUGGAUCAGAAAUCCGCGUCAAGUGUGAAACAACGUCCAAAUUCUCAUUUAACAAGUACAAUUCAUGAGCCGGUGUCGAAAACGGAACAUAUUGACUCAAGCAUAGUUAGUAGGGAAGAAUUUGCUAUACUCAACAAUAAUAAUACAUCAGUUUGGCCAAAUAUAAAUACACUUGAUAGAUUUACAAAUAGAAAUGUGAAAGCUUUUGAUCAACAUAAUACAUACUCUCCUCAUUUUUCGAUCAAUGACAAUUUCAAAAUUACCACUACUACUACUACUUCUACUGCUACUAAUGCCAGUAAUAAUAAUUACAACAACUACAAUAAUCAUAUCGAUUCGUCAGGUUAUAAUAAUCAUCUACAUUCCACGCAACUAUGUUCUUUCCCUUAUACAUAUGAAAUCGAUAAUUAUAACAGCAGUAAUCAUUAUUAUAAUUAUCAUCAACCUGUUGGUCAAAAUUUAUCUUCAGUCAAUUUACCAAAUAUUCAUUAUUCCACAUGUGAUCGCAAUUCGAAUCAGUCAAAUAUUACAUUGAACAAUAAUGGUUUUCAUCAAAAUGACAAUGUUUAUUUACAGUCACCAAUUCAAAGACUACCAUCAAUGAAAAGAAAUCCUAUGGUUUAUUCAUCAACAGGAAAUGCUUAUUCACAGUUAACUUCUAUGUCUGACUUUAAUUCUAAUGAUCAGUUUAAAGGUAACACGCAAACUUGUCAAAUUUUAGUUUAUUCUUCUACUCCUCAACCUACUCUUCCACCUCCAACUACAACAACAACUUGA